AUGUGUGGCUGCAGAGCCAGUGUCCCCAGCACGAAGCAGUACUCGGUCAACAAUCCAGCUCCUGCACCCACCAAAAAGAGCCCUUUGGCUGCAGCAGACAUGCCCAAGCGCAUACCCAUAGCCAAGCAGCUGGCAUCAAUAAAAGCUCUAGGAAAAGGCUCAGACCUUGAGAAAGCUUUUGCUACUGUGGCUUUGGUGUAUAACAACUCUGCUGACACCGAGGGCAAGCUCAGCAAUGGUGAAACCAAAAGCUUGCUGCAAACCCAGUUUGGGGGUUUCAUACAGGGACAAGAAAACAAACCAAAAUACCAGGAAAUCAUUUCUGCCCUGGAUGAGGAGCCGGAGAACAAAAUUGAUUUUGAAGACUUCAUGAUCUUGUUAGUCAGCCUCACUCUUAUGUCUGACCUGCUGCAGCAGAUCAGAAAUGUGAAAACCACAAAAUGA